AUGGACAUCCAUGGAACAAUUAUGAAGAAACCAACCGUCACAACCGUUAUUCUCCUUCAGCUAUGCUCAGCUCUAGCGUUACCACAAGGGGGCUCAUCCACCGAUGGGCCGGUCGAUGACCUAGAGUGGACCACGGCAACCUGCACUGAUGGAAGCCUUACUAGGGCCAAUGCGGAGCCUCUACACCGUUGGCAGGACGCCAAAGCCCCUUCAGCUUGGCGAUAUCUUCGGAACGUCUUUUUCAAGAGAGACGGAACGCGGCCGCAGGAUUAUGCUUUCACUUCGAUGGGAAUCGCGGACUUCUUCCAUAGUGGUGACGGUAUGAAGUGCGGCGGCACAGGAAUUGACGAUAGCAGCUGCUCUGCGACUGGCCGAGAGUGUGAAGAUCUUGGAGGUUCGCCUAGGCCUGAAAAUCCUGAGGAUGGUGUUUACCCUGCCUCGUUUAUUGUCCUCAACUCGAUCGCCAAUUUCAACAACGUAAGUGUCUUUCCUAUCUUUGGAGCCAUAGCAAACACCGUGAAGGACACCGCACUUGCAGCUGUCACUUAUGCCGUCUCCCGAGCGAAGGACGACUUCGCGGCAACCAUGAGAACUGAAAGCGACGGAUAUCUCAUGGUUUCAUAUAUCGUCAACUCUUCAGUAACGAGCCUACAAGACUUUAAUAAAUUCGCUAUGGCAUAUAUCCCUCAAGAGGACUGGCGAUCCGACCCUGAAGGAUCGGCAAGGCGAUGGGAAGAGGGCAUGGACCUCCUAGGUCGCUUUAUUGACAACGGAGCAAUGCUUCCCAACGCAUUCCCAUUCGAUAGCGGCUUCGUCGACAAAUAUAUGCAUCACGUCCUCAACGCAAUGGUUUUGCCACGACUAUGGCGUAUGGAUGCCCAGGACACAAAGCCUGUCGUUCUGGAAACCGGUCAGCCUUGCGACGCGCCGCACACAGACUACGGCCGACUAUUCGAGACAGACAGGCCGUGGUUUGACCCUGCGGAACGCAUGAUCGACCCCGGUAACUGGGAUGAGGUUUGGCGAAGGAUGGAUGAUAAGGAUCUAUCCAAGGCAAACCGACUACCAGGAAUUGUCGGCAUCCCCGUAUGCUCCGUUGAGGAGGCUCAGGAAGGUUGGAUGAGGGAGCCUUCUAACCCUAACAGCAAGCUUCGAGAUGCUGGAUCCGAUGAACGCCCCAUCGAGUCCCCGCCACCUAAGAAAACAUGGUUCAACCCUCGCGUGGAUGUCGUCUGCAUCGGCGCUAAAUGGCAUGACAUCGCCUACAGGGAGAUGGCCUGGGAAUCGGAUGUUGUGGUGAGGUGGGGCAUCGCACGCUAUAAUCCGCGCCGUGUGAUGCACACCGACGACACAGAUAUCAAAGAGCUACGAGGGAGAUCAACUUACUCUGAACUUGUUCGCGCAAUCCUAGCCUUUGCACAGAUUGCCGAAACCGUUGUGGUGCAACCUUCAUUGGAAACGACUUGCAUCUCGCACCACGACUUCUUUCCCUACGCCGAUAAUACCAUCUUUCCCAAGCUCAAAACGGUCCUAGUUACUUCUCAUCAGAUAGAGUGGGACAAUACCGGUUUGGGGCCCCCUCCUGGCUCUCCUGUUCCGAAAUGGUCAACCCACCUGACUGGAAGCUUUUACGCGAAGGAGGGCGGUCAGCAACGAUUUUAA